UACUGAGGAUCCAUCAUGGAGUUUCUGUUAGUACUUAUCACCCUGCUCGGGCUCUCCCAAGCCCGUUCGGUACCUGCGGCAGGAGCACGCAUCAUAAAUGGAGAGAAUGCAGCAGUCGGUGAAUUUCCGUAUCAAGUUUCUCUGCAAACUGUGAGUAGCAGCUUCCAUUUCUGUGGGGGUUCUAUCAUCUCCGAGAAUUACGUUAUCACGGCGGCUCACUGCGUUGCUGACGAAUUGGCAGCUUCAAUAAAAGUCAUCUCCUCAACAGUUAAAUUAUCCGCUCCAGUUCAGACUCACUUGGUGGAAAAAGUUAUUGUUCAUGAAAGAUACGACCGGUAUGAUUCCUGGAGGAACGACAUUGCACUUGUCAAGGUGAAGGGGAAAUUCGUCGUCAAUUCGACGGUAGAUUUCAUUCAACUUCCUGAUGCUCACACCACGAUUCCGGUGAAUUCCUCUGCCAUAAUAUCGGGUUGGGGGAGUCGGAGGGAAGGAGGGUUCGGCGCUAAUCAUCUUCAGAAGGCUGAAAUUUUCAUUAGCGAUCAAGAGUACUGUAAAAUAAAAUAUGCUUCAGUAUUUGAAGUUGUGCACGAUACUGCUAUUUGCGCGAAUGAUCCAACAGAAGUGAAAGGUUCUUGUCACGGAGAUUCUGGUGGUCCCAUGCUUGUCGAUGGAGUCCUGAUUGGUAUCGUUUCAUGGUCUUAUCACUGCGCUCUAUCAGAUUAUCCAACAGUUUACACCAGAGUUCCUGAGUACAUCGACUGGAUCGAAACUAAUGCUCGGACAAUAUUUUGUGGAUCAAUCAUGAAGACACUCUUGAUACUCAUUGCAUUCGGUGCACUUUCUCAUGCACGGAUUGUACCAGAAUUUUUCGGACCAUCGCGUAUCGUAAACGGCGUGGAUGCAGAAGUGGGAGAAAUUCCUUAUCAGGUUUCCCUUCAACAAGUGGCGAGUAGCUUUCAUUUUUGUGGUGGCUCUAUACUCAACAAAAAAUAUGUCAUCACAGCUGCUCACUGUGUUGUAGGGACAUCUGCAUCUUCGAUCAAAGUGGUUUCCGCAACACUUAAACUAUCGGCCCCAGUUCAAACUCACUUGGUGGAAAAAAUUAUCGUUCACGAAGGAUACGAUGCGUCUGACUCCUGGAGAAAUGACAUCGCACUCCUAAGGGUGGAAAGCGAAUUCAUCGUCACUGCGACGUUGAAUUUCGUUCCUAUGCCCACUGCUGGAAUGGUCAUCCCUGCUGAUUCAACUGCCGUCGUAUCAGGAUGGGGAAAUCUCAGGCAAGGGGGUACCAGCCCAGAUCACCUCCAGAGAGCUGAAAUUCUCAUUGCUGACCAAAACUAUUGCAAAGGGAGAUAUGCUCCAGGGAAUACUGUCCAUGACACUCAGAUUUGUGCUCAUGACCCCGUUGAAGAAACAGGCUCGUGCAAUGGCGACUCUGGCGGUCCCUUGACGGUGCGGGGCAGACUGGUUGGUCUCGUAUCCUGGGCCAUGGGAUGUGCUCGAAUCGAUUACCCGACAGUUUACACAAGAGUUCCCAAAUUCCUCGACUGGAUCAAAGCUCACGCUAUUUAAAUUUACCGUUCCAUCAUCAAAAAUGUCAAAUUUAUGAUACGGUACCUUAUAAUCAAAAUAGCAAAUAUAGAUUUCUGAAUAGUAGA